AUGGCGCCCAAGAAGAACAUAAGAGUUCUCUUUUUCACCGGGAUCCUCUUUGCGUUGGUCUACUUCGUUGUUGAACACGCCAAUAUCACAUCUACAAACCUUGAAAGUGACAGCAGCGCAAGCGAUAGAAGUAGUACUACGGUCAAAAGUGUGGUCACAACAGUGAACGGCAAAUCGGGCAAAGCAAAGCCCAGACCCGAGGAAAGUGUCAAGACAGAUGCAAAAGUUCAACAAGAAAUAGAAAGUAUCAAGCAGGAGAUCGGCAUGAAGGACGAAAUCGAGCACAAACUGCCCAGACCACAGACCAACGCGCAGGACGCCGAGUUCGAUCCCGCAAAGGAAUACCAGAUGAUUUUGACGUCGUCUCCGAUGAUCGUCUUUUCUAAGACCGGGUGUCCGUUCAGCAAAAACAUGAAAAACCUACUUGCCAAGGAAUUUUCUUUCACGCCAGAGUACCGUGUGGUGGAACUAGACAAACACGAGCACAUGGCGGCGCUACAAUCGUACAUUGGCUUGCAAACAGGGCGUUCAACGGUGCCCAAUGUGGUGAUCAACGGUAAGUCACGUGGUGGGUUCGACGAUUUCAAAGCUCUGCACGACGAGGGUCUUUUGCUAGAGUCGCUCAAGGAAUGGGCAGGCAAGGAUUUCACGAUUUCUAAAAAGGAGAAGCCUUCUAAUAAUUAG